AUGUCGUUCCUCGGCGGAGCCGAAUGCUCCACGGCGGGAAACCCCCUCACCCAAUUCACCAAGCACGUCCAAGAUGAUAAGUCCCUCCAGCGAGACCGCCUGGUCGGCCGGGGCCCGGGCAUGCAAGAAGGCAUGCGGUCACGUGGUAUGAUGGGUGGACAGGACCAGAUGAUGGACGAUUUCAUGCAGCAACCAGGCCAACAAUUAAACGGACCGUCGCCACAGCCUUUCGCCAUGGAGCAUAUGCGCCGGGAACUGGAGAAUUUCCAGACCGCGCCUCCACGCACAGGUUCACCCGGAUGGGCCGCGGAGUUUGACCCCGGCGAGCAAGCCCGCAUGGAGGCUGCUUUCCCUGGUGCCGCGCAGAUGAACAAUACACCUGGAUUCACGCCGGCCGAGUUCGCGCGCUUCCAACAGCAGAACCGGAUGGGUAUGCCACAGACGCAGAGCCCCACGACGGCAACCCCACCACUUAUGGCGGGGUAUCAGCGACCGAUGGGAAUGGGUGGAUACAUGGGCGGCAUGGGCGGUAUGGGUAUGAUGCGGCCGAUGGGCAUGCAGUCGCCGAUGAUGCAGCAGCCGGUGGAGGGACAGACACAGGACAAGGGCAAGGGCCGGAUGGUCGAGCUGGACGAUGAGAACUGGGAGGCUCAGUUUGCCGAGAUGGAGACCGCGGGGAAUGAGACUCAGACGGAUGAGGAGGCUAACGCCGCGAUGGAAGCGGAGCUGAACGAGCUGGACAGAAAACUGGUUGAGGAAGGAGGUGACUUUGAGGUCACUGAUAGUGUGCACGUGGGCGACCUGGGUGAUUGGGAGGGCUUUGAUAGCCUGAACACGCGAUUCCGGGACCCACAGCUGGGUGACUACAUGUUUGAAGAGGACAACGUUUAUUCGGCUGUCAACAACCCCUUUGAGGAAGGCGUGAAGAUCAUGCGUGAGGGAGGAAACUUGUCAUUGGCUGCGCUGGCCUUCGAAGCUGCCGUCCAGAAAGAUCCCCAGCACGUGCAAGCCUGGACGAUGCUGGGUUCAGCACAGGCACAAAAUGAGAAGGAGCUGCCUGCUAUCCGAGCUCUGGAGCAGGCACUCAAGAUUGACGCAGGCAACCUCGACGCAUUGAUGGGCCUGGCUGUCUCAUACACUAACGAAGGCUACGACUCAACUGCUUACCGCACCCUCGAGCGCUGGCUUUCGAACAAAUACCCCUCGAUUAUUGAUCCCAAGGAAGUCUCCGGUGAUGCCGACCUGGGCUUCACAGACCGCCAACUCCUGCAUGAUCGCGUGACCGAGCUAUUCAUCCAGGCUGCACAGCUCUCCCCCUCUGGCGCCCAGAUGGACCCAGAUGUCCAAGUUGGUCUGGGCGUUCUCUUCUACUGCGCUGAAGAGUACGACAAAGCCGUCGACUGCUUCUCCGCCGCUCUGGCUUCCACUGAAUCUGGUAGUACCAAUCAGCGUGAGCAGCUCCAUCUCCUUUGGAACCGCCUUGGCGCCACUCUCGCCAACAGCGGUCGCUCCGAGGAAGCCAUCGAAGCUUACGAGCAGGCUCUCACCAUCAACCCCAACUUCGUCCGCGCCCGCUACAACCUCGGCGUUUCCUGCAUCAAUAUCGGCUGCUACCCGGAGGCCGCACAGCACCUUCUCGGUGCACUAUCCAUGCACCGCGUCGUCGAGCAAGAGGGUCGCGAGCGUGCUCGCGAGAUCAUCGGUGGCGGUGGUGCGCCCGAUGGAUUGGACGACGAGCGUCUUGAGCGGAUGCUUCACAUCAGCCAGAACCAGAGCACGAACCUGUAUGAUACGCUGCGUCGCGUGUUUAGCCAGAUGGGACGACGUGAUCUGGCAGACCAGGUGGUUGCUGGCAUGGAUGUGAACAUCUUCCGCAAGGAAUUUGAGUUUUACCUCUGUGAUCGGACUGAGCGUGCUUGUGAGUACGAUGAGACUCCUAAACCACCUCCCUCGGCGGAUGAGUUCGAAGCUCUACAAGCUAGAAUUACAGACCUCGAGGCUCGUCUGAGUAGCGCUCGUGGUAGUACUGCUUCUGUUGUUGGCCCUGGCCCUACACCACCGUCAACCGCCAGCAGCCCAGCAUCGACCAAUCACACAACCUCUUCGACCCGAUUUCCAUACGCCAUGUUCCUCGAUCUUCUGCAGACCGAGAAUAACGUUCUCAAGGAGAUGGUCCGCCAGCUUGAGGAGGGGUUGAAUGAGGACUCGCAGAACUAG